UUUCUUUAAUGACCUAAUAAUUAUUAUCUCAAGCUGUGUGAUGUUUGCUUUUUUUUCAUGUUUUUCUUUCCUCAUCCAAUCCUUUCAGUUGCAAGUAUGAAGUGGUGUCUGUGAUGCUGUCCAAGGGUUCUGUUCAGUUGGAUAUUCAAAACAAUCAGAAAAGGACACCAUUGCUUGAAGCCGUUUCCCAGGGUCACCUCGGAAUGACACACAAGCUAAUAGCUCUGGGUGCAAAUGUAAAUGCUGUUGAUGGUGAAGGUAACAGCUGUUUGCACCUGGCCGUGGAAAGAAAAAAGUUUAAUUCCGAGGAUGCACCCUUGGAUUUAUUAAACGAAUGCUGCACUUCCCUUAACCUGAAAGAGGAUGAAAUGCUCUCUGGUGUAGUGGUAGGUAGAUAUCUCGCCAGCCAGGGAGCGGACUUUCACCAUAAAAACAACAAAUAUAACACACCAUUGGACCUCAUUAAGGACCCAAAUUUGAGAAGAAAAUUAGAAGCAUUUUUACCACCACAAUGUUUGUGGUGCAGAAAUAAAGCGGCCACAACAAAAGUCCAUCCAUGUGGACACCUUGUAAUAUGUAAGGGAUGUUCAAACGUUACACUUCAACGAUGUCUGAAGUGCGGGAAACCUGUAACGAGCAGAACUGGAGAUGAGGCUCCAAAGUUUGAAGACAGGUGUGUACAAACAGAGGCUACAUGUCAGGAAUUAGGGGCUGCAUCUCAGGCAAUAGGGGCUCCAAAGUGUGAGGACAGGUGUGUACAAACAGAGGCUACAUGUCAGGAAUUAGGGGCUGCAUCUCAGGCAAUAGGGGCUCCAAAGUCUGAAGACAGGUGUGUAAAAAAGAGCUACAUGUCAGGAUUAGGGGCUGCAUCUCAGGCAAUUGGGAGUCCAGUUCUGAAGGAGAGGGAUCUUCUGAGAGUGGCUAAGAGGUUAGGACGUGAUUGGUGGCAAGUGGUUAUUGUUUUAGAAGUUGAUACAACUAAACUGAAAAUUGAUGAUGAGUCUAAUGUCACUGUAAAACAAGGCCACCAGAUUCUUUACGAAUGGUUCAAAAAUUGCGACCCAGAAACACGGACACACGCAACAUUACGUGCAGCUCUUGAAGAAGCUGAAUGUUUCGCUGCGAUGGAAUGUCUGUCAUUAGACGCAAAGUGAAUUUCUGUGUAACUGUUGUUGUUUAGCCUCAGAUUAACCUUGACCAAACAGAGACUUAUGAUCAAACGCAUUCCAGUCAGGACCAUCAUGCCUAUUUCCAAAGAGAACCCACAACCACAUUGUCCAAUAUGCCCUUCUGUACAGUGAUAUCGUGUGAAUUUAGCUGCUAAUUCUAGCAGGUAUAUCAGCCACAUAGUGAUCCCUUCACUGGUUUGGCUCCUUUGUUAAAAAUUCACAUUUAAAAUAAAGACAAACUUUGAAAUGUUCA